CUUCCUAUCAAGCUGACAACCAUGGCAACCCCUCGUCAUCACUUCCUGUUGACGUUGGUCUUCCUCCCUGCUGUCACGGCAAUGCCUGAACCCGAAACCAUCUCUCCAGACAGCUGGGAACCGCCCUUGGAAACCCCUCCCCCACCUUUCCCUUUGGACGGACGUUUUUUCUUCGAGAACGUAACGGGACAGCCGGGGGGCUCCCUCCUAGCCUACUGUCAGAGGCUGCAGUCAGUGAUUCCGGCGGAGCAGAUUCCCUGGUUCUGUCUGUGCAUAGACUGCAAGGGGAAGACUGGAGCCAAGGGAGACCGUGGAGAUCGGGGGCUGCCAGGCAUUCCAGGUAGUCCCGGAAGACGCGGGUUGACCGGUUUCAGAGGUCCCCCGGGUUUUGUGGGAAGACCAGGAAUCAAAGGACAGAAAGGCGACGAGGGUGACAAGGGAAGUCAGGGGCCUCAGGGGUUUGUGGGACCCAAAGGAGGCCGAGGGUUUAAAGGUGAGAAAGGGGAAAGGGGUUUGGAGGGUCUCCCGGGUGAUCCGGGUCCAAAAGGAGAUGACGGUGUCUGUCCCGAUUCGUGCGAUACCAUCCAGGGCCCUGAAGGAAUCCCUGGUUUGCCAGGCCCCGCAGGACCCAGGGGUCUUCCUGGUGUACCAGGAGCACCAGGAUCCAAAGGUGUUAAGGGUGACAUGGGGGUUGUGGGUCACCCUGGUUCUCCAGGUUCUGAUGGUGUCAAAGGAGAACCCGGCCUCCAGGGGGAGUGUGAUUGUACAGAUGGACUAGACGGUGAUCCAGGGCAGAAGGGUUCCAAGGGUAACCAGGGAGACCAGGGUGAGAUGGGGCCUCCAGGAGACAACGGUUUACCAGGUGCAAAAGGUGACAUGGGCUACAUGGGUCCUCCCGGCCCCUGUAUGCCCGCCAUCCAGUCUGCUUUUUCCGCGCAACUCGAGAAUAGUUUCCCCCCGCCUAACACCCCGGUGGUGUUUGGGUACGUCGUUUAUAACGUCCAGGGCAGUUAUGACCCCACCUCUGGACUCUACACCGCUCCCAUCAACGGGACCUACGUUUUCAGCUACCACCUGACAGUCUACGCACGGAUCCUCAAAGUCGGCCUGUUCCAUAAUUUUGAGCCAAUCAUCAAGACAACAGAUCCAAGCGCUUUAGGUACCACCUCCCAUUCAAUCAUCCUUCACCUGUCCAGGGGAGACCAGGUCUGGCUCCAAGUCAAGGACCACCUAAGCAAUGGCAUGUUUGCCGGUGCGGAGGCCGCCAGUACCUUCUCUGGCUACCUGCUCCAUCCAGACUCAUGUGACAUGGCGUUUUUGAGAAUCCCAGUCCCGGUCCUGACCCCACCGGAGAACGGGUACAGUUGGGGGGACGCAUUGGGAUACAGCACCAAUGAAUAUAGUACACCACCAACCACUACAGGAUCCAGUUAGCUAGGGUCCCUCCAGUUGAAGUACUGUAGAAGUCCCUGACGGUGGAUUGGUUGGUCCAGACCAAAAGAAUGAACUUUCAUUGGUUGUCUUCAUUGGACAGAAGACGUCAGUUUGUCAAAGAAUCGCCCAACAUGAAAAACAAAAAAAUUUUCUAGCUUGCGGCUUCAUUUAUUACGUUCAAGAAGGUGAUGUUCAUGCAUGAAUAAUAAACCUCAACAUGUUUUAUGUCAAUCAAAUCAAGCAUUGAAAUAUUCUGUUCUGCUUACGGAAGCACAGCUCGUAGCACCUAGCUUGUAGCGGGUGUUGGGUAAACGACACAGUGGGCGUCAUCGCGUCGGCCAUCUUUGUAGUUCAGGUGUCGCCGGGAGAGUCGUCGUCGUCUCCAAUCACCCCCCUCAGGAAGGAUCGUUUAAAGUCCUCAAAGCAGAUGUCAUCCGACUCGCUGCCGUUGAACCGUGAGAAGAUGAAAGACAUUUUCAACAACCGUGUCCCAGAUGUUGUACAAAGGAGAAAAAAAUCUACUCACGUUGCUUUGGCUGAAAGGAAAAAGAAAAUAAACAUUCAUUGAGAUACUGAUAUAUUGUUAUUAUGAAGAUUUGCUAGCAAGUGAAAUAUAUAUUUCAAUAAAAACAGCCUGCAUCUCAGCGUUGUUGUACAGUAUGACAACACGGGAUAUUAGUUUCUUCUCCUGACAUUACACCUUAUUUUGCUCAUUUUUAUGGAUGUUUUCUUUUUAAUUUACAAAUAUUUCUUCUCAUAUUUUAUUUCCCUGACUUUAUUCCCAUUAUAGAUUGACUUUAGUCUUGUAGUAUUUCAACUUUUCCCCAAACAA